AUGUCUCAGAGAAUAGGAACUUCGGCUGCCGCUCUUACCAGAGUGUGGCACCAUGUCGAUGCCGCCUCAGAUCCUAGAACCUUGGGUCGUUUGGCUGCCAGCAUUGCUAUAACUUUACAAGGCAAGCACAAGCCUACUUAUUCACCAAACAGAGACCAUGGAGACUACGUCGUAGUGACAAACUGCAAGCAUUUGAAGGUGACGGGUAACAAAUUGCAAGACAGACAUUACUGGUCGCAUACAACACGCCCUGGUUCGCUUAACUUGAUUCCUAUGGAAAGAAUGAUAGCCAACAAGGGUUAUGGAGAAAUCUUGAGAAGAGCCGUUAAGGGUAUGAUUCCUAAAGAUAAGGCAAGAUUGGUGAGAAUGGACAGAUUGAAAGUUUACGAUGGCCACGAACAUCCGUACGUGGACAACUUGAUUGCCUUUGCUGACGAAACACCAGAAAUGCUUGCUAAGGCUGAAGCCUUGCGGAAGCAAGAAGCUGAAAAUGCCCAGAUCAGAGAGAAGUACUUGAAAGAGUAA